UCUGCGCACAAGCGGCGGCUGCGGAAGGAGCAGGCGGCACGGCCCCCGCGCUCCCGUUUCUCGGGCGCGCCCCCGCGCCCAGCGCGCAGCCGCACUGCUCCAAAACAGUUUCUUGCGUCGGAGAAGCCGCUUCCGUUUCCAACGCCGCAUUCCGGCCACACCUGCCCGUGCCGAGCCCCGGCUCGCUCCGCCGCCCGACCCGCUCGAGGAGAAGCCCGCGCUCAGCCGCCCCAGCAAGCCAUGUCCGAGGAGGAUUAUGUGUGUGUGAAGGCUGAGGAAGAGGAUGAAGCUGUGAUUAUAGACCAUGGAGACAAUGGACUGUCCACCCAAAGCUUCAUGCCAGUGCAACAGAACUCUGAAGCAAACAGUGCUGUUCACCACAUGAGUCAACUUGCCUGUGGAAGCGAAGGCUUGCCAAUGCUUGCUGAUCAAACAGCCUCACAAAUGAGCCAUUCUUCAAGGAUGCAGAGAGGAAAUGGUCACAGCCCUGAAAAUAUGGAUUUUUUGGUUUUGCAUAAUAAAAGAAAACGACUUUGUCCUGCUGUAGCAGAACACAAUGUGAUGAGAACAAGGGAAGAAGAAUUUGAAGACAGUGACAGUGUCAUUUAUGAGUAUGAACCAGACUAUGAAUGUGAGAGCAUUUUAUCUGAAGCUUCUUAUACUGAAUAUCAGCAGAAUCCUCUCAUGGAGGUCCUCAGUUAUUGCCAGGCCAUGUAUGAUGCCAUUCAGAAGUUGGAUAAAAAAUUUGACCUGCUUCAUCGUAAGGUCUCAGAAAUGCAGCAUACUCGUAUAAAGCCAUUGUUGUUCAAACCUAAACCAUUUGGAUUUACAUACAGAAGUUCCAGUCAUUUGCCUUCAGGAAAAAUAAGAGUACAAAAACACAUGGAAAGGGAUUUAAGUCUUCAUCUCCCUUCAUCAGGCCAGGGAAGGCAUAGCCCAGGUGUAAGGGCUGCUUUACAAAAUGGCCACGUUCAAGUCAAUUCCAAAGUAAAACAUGCCCCGCAGAGUUUUCAGCUUGAAUGUCAGCAGCCUGUUGGAAGGCAGAGCCCACCACUCCCCACCAUAGUUUCUACACAUUCAUUGCAUUCAUCAUAUACAGCAACUAAUGGGAUGCCUGACCUUUCACCACAAUCAAAUCUUCCUCCCAGUAUUGUGGAAAGUACUGUCAACGUUGCAUCUUCACCCGUGGCAUCACCAUCGAUACCAGCACCAUCUGAGCCCAGUCAGGAAAAUAAUGCUGUGGAGUUGAACUGCAGAAAUGCAUCUGAGGAUGUGAAUAUUAGUGAAGAGCUACCAUCCUCUUCAGACUUAAUCAAUCCUAGCUUUGAAGAGUUUGUCGGUGACCCAGCAAGAAAUGUGAAAGUUCUUGGAAGCCAGUUGGUGAAGGCUCAGCAGAAGACUAAACCCAAGUUUGCAGCACGCCACUUGGUUCGUGUCUUGUUCCCCAAAAAAACUUUAUUGUGCAGCAUUAUGGGAGCGAGUGCACGGGGACGCAGGACAUUGGAUCCAAACAAAAUUGCUGCGAUAAGAGAGUUUCUUGCAACUAAUUUUCCAACCUAUGAUUUGAGUGAGCAUGGAAAAGACUGGAAAACCUGUAUCACAAAUGUCAAUUCUAUGAUCCGCUGUUUACGCUCUGAAACCAAACGAAGCUCAGCAAGUUCUCCUAAGGAGACAACUGAGGGGAAAGAAGAAGUUUCUGAUGCUCCUGAUACAUCUCAUUGUGUAGAUUUAAAUUAUAAUGAAAAUAGUGAAGACAAUUCUAAAAGCUCUCAGAAAAUGACCAGUUCCAUAACUGACACAUUGCAGAAUUCAGGAUUGGAUAACUUUCCAGAAGCUUUCCAGACAUCUUUGGUCAGGAAAAAACAGUCUUUGGAACCUAUGGAACCUCUUGGGAGCCCAUGGCGCAAUAUUCAAUUGCCUUUCUCAGUCAUUUACGUUGCUAAGGGGAAGACACGGCCAGAAUUGUCAGCUCGCUACCUAAUUCGUCAUAUGUUCCCUGAAGAUGUGCUGGUGAAAAGCAAUGUGUAUGGUAGUCUCGACCGUGGCAUGAGCCCACUGGAUUCCAAUAAAAUUAAUGCUCUCAGAGAAUUUCUUAAAGAGAAUUUUCCAUCCUUUGAUCUAAAUGAAAGUGGAUAUGAUUGGAAGGCAUGCGUGGGCGCCAUAAACAGCACGAUCCGCAGUCUCAGACAUGAGCUUAAAAAGGCUUCAUCCGGAAUGCGCCAGAGAGCCCCGGCAGUGCGGUCCUCGAAUGCAGAGUCCUCCAGAGGAUCCCACUACCGUAAAGCCAGUGGAAAGCAGCACUCUCAUCUCUCAGACUGAAGCUCUCUAGCAUCUGCCUCAAAUCUUAAUUUAGUAGGUUUUUAUUAAUUCCGUGCAGAAGCCUGUAAUACCGAGCUCUCCUAUUCAACUGAGUUUCAGCAGCGCUAAAUAGAGACCAAAGUUAGCAAAAGGCUUGGGAGCCCUAAUUCCUUGCAUAAGUAGCGUUUGUGCUCCUCAGAAAUUAUUUUCACUGUUCCCUGUUGCAUUUGCAAUGUGCUCUCUCUUAAAAGCAUCUUCUUCUCAUGAUUCAUUGAAUCUGAAAGAUUAAUCUGAUUAGAAAAGAUGCACUGUACAUCAGUUCAGCAGAAGCAGAUGGAAAAGAGGAGAGGAAAGAGUGGUCCUCCUUGGAGGGUGAAUCAUAGCCAGCUAAAUUAUCUCAUUAUGUGCGAGGAAUGAAAUUUGCUUUGACAACUGGAUAUCUUCAGCAAAAUUACCAGAAAGGAAAAAAAUAUUUUAAAUUGCAUUUAGUUAACUCAUUGUAUCUGGACUUGAUGAUCUUCUUGAUGAUCUUUUUCAACCUUAAUGAUUGUAUGAUCUCUCACAUCUUUGCCUCUUGUAUCAGUGUUUUUUGUAGGAUAAGAGGCAGACAACAAUGUAACUACAGCUGGUAAUACUGCUUUGCUCUGAUUUAGCUCUACAAAAAGAACAAAAAAAACACAUCCAAAAAAUGAACCAUCCAAUGGUUGUUUCUGGUUUUUCUUAAUGAAAUUUAAGGAAAAUACUUCUUCAGGAUCCUGAACUCCAGCAUCUUACGGUUACUGCAGCUAAGGCUUCACAUUUUCAGCAAAUCCCUUGUUGUAGGUGGUAUGAAGUCCAGAAAAGCACCUGUCAAUGACAAAUGUUGAUGUCCUUGCCUUUCCUUUCUGUUCACACAAGACUAAGAUUUAUUAGUACGCUAAGUUUUAUAUUAAAAAAAAACAAACAAAUUUUAACAAACUAAUUUUCAAAAUCACUUGGAUGUCGAACUUUUAAAAAUAAAGUUAAUUACUGUAUUUAUUCAAUUUCACAUCUUGCUUGGUUUCAUUGGUAAGUUAUAAUUCAACAACAGUAACUGUACAGAAGUUAAUGUAGUUUUUUGUUGCAUAGGUUCUUUGUUAUUUUGGUUUUUUGUUUGCUUGUUUUCAAAAACGGAAGUAAUCAUAGAAUCAUAAAAUAUGCUGAGUUCUAAGGGACAUAUCAGGAUCAUGAAGUCCAAGUCCUGACACUGCAUAGGAUCAUCCCCAAAAAUGACAGUGUGUGCCUGAGAGCAUUGUCCAAGUGCUUCUUGAGCUCUGUCAGGCUCAGUGCUGUGACCACUUCCCUGGGAACCUGCUCCACUGCCCAGCAAUCUUCUGGGUGAAGAACCUUUUCCUGAUAUCCAACCUAAACCUCUCCUACCACAGCUUCAGGCCAUUCCCUCGGGCCCUGUCACUGGUCACAAGAGUGAAGAGAUUGGUACCUGCCACACCUCUUCCCUUGUGAGGAUGUUGAAGACCACAAUGAGGUCUCCCCUCAGUCUCCUCCAGGCUGAACAGACAAAGUGCUCUUCACAUGGCUUCCCCUCCAGACCCUUCACCAUCCUUAUGGCCCUCCUCUGGACACUCCCUAAUGGCUGAAUGUCUUGUGUUGUGGUGCCCAAAACUGUCCCCAGCACUCAAGGUGAGGCUGCCUCAGUGCAGAGCAGAGCAGGACAAUCCCCUCCCUUGUCCAGCUGGCGAUGCUGAUGCCCCACAAGACACAGCUGACCCUCCUGGCUGGCAGGGCACUUCUGACUGAUGUUCAAUUUGCCAUCAACCAGGACUCCCAAGACCCUUUCCAUAGCUGCUCUCCAGCUUCUCCUUCUCCAAUUUAUACAUGCAGCCAGGGUUGCCCCGUUCAGGUGCAGAAUCCAGCCCUUGCCCUUGUUGAACUCCAUGCAGUUGGUAUAAGCCUUUCUGUUCCGUGUUUUCAGCGCCAGAGAGUCCUCCCAGUGCCUGUACUGGCUGCUGCUGUGUGAACUUGCCACUUGUGUUGGGUCUGAGUGCAGUCUCAGAGGUCCAGUUUCUCCACAGAAGGAAGUUUCUUGGAAGAUUGGCAUAGGGAAUGGAUUUUACUUCUGAGAGUUGUGGAAACUGUGGCUUCCAGAAUAAUGCCUGUACAUAGCAGCAUUAGAAAUAACUAAUCCUGUCCUCCCCAAGGCAAAGGUUUCAUAGUUUAUUUGUUAGCAAUGGGAUAAAACAGUGAAUUUUCUCAUUCUCAAAUCAACUUCUGUUCAUAACAAACAGUCUUCUGUACAGUGUAUAGGACCAGCUUUUUAAUUGAAAUUUAGGAUAUGCAAUGGCCUUAUCAAAUAUUAAAUCAGUUGGUAAUUUAAAUUCCUCCUGCCACUUCCUUGCGGAAGUCCUCUCUAAGAUUCAAGAAAUAGACUGAAUUUCUGAUUUUCUUUCUUCGGUAGAAAUGUUGUACAGCAAAUUUGGUUGUUCUGGUGUACUAUUAACAAUUUUUUCUGUUACUUUCUGUACAGUCCUUGUUGUAAAUGCCAAGAACUUUGUUGUGUAUAGAUAUUACUAGUUCCAAACUUCAGAAAAAACCAAAAAUGCUUAUAUUUUUUCAGUAGUUUUACGAAUGUUUUUCAUGGCCCUUUACAGAUUUUAAUGGUAGAAGAAUAUAUUUAUUGAAUGACUUGUCUGACACUGAAAUCUGUUAAGUCUGUGAUGCAUACCUAUAGCUUCCAUCUUGAAAAGAAAAUUGAGUAAUUGAAGUAGAAAUAGUUUUCUUGUUUCUGUUUCAAAUGUAUCAAAUUUUGCUAACUUUUAUA